AUUUCGAAAUAGCGUGGUAGCUAAGAGCCUGGAAAUGGAUGAACGAAUGUUAGGAGAAUCCAAAUUCAACAAAAUUUCUGUUCUUUGGUGACAUUUAUUUUGGAUCGGGAAAAAGAAGGAAGGGCAGCAGCUAUUGCAAUAGCGAAAUCAGGCCCUUUCAUUUUAUCGAUUCCCAAACAGACCCGUUAAUUUCGGGAAGAAUCUGAGGAAAAUUUGAUGGAAAAUUUGAUGGAAAAUUCUAAUAGGGCUGAAGCUGAACGAUUGCUUGGAAUCGCUGAGAAACUCUUGCAAAAUCGUGAUUUUACCGGCUCCAAAGAUUUUGCAAUCUUAGCUCAAGAAACGGAGCCUCUUUUGGAUGGUUCCGAUCAGAUCUUAGCUGUUGUGGAUGUGUUGUUGGCGUCGGAGAAGAGAAUCAAUAACCACAAUGAUUGGUAUUCGAUUCUUCAGGUUGAACGGCGAUCUGAUGAUUCAGAUCUCAUCAAGAAACAGUAUCGGAAGCUUGCGUUACUUCUACAUCCUGAUAAGAAUAAAUUUCCUUAUGCCGAUCAAGCUUUCAAGCUGGUUGCAGAUUCGUGGGCAGUAUUGUCCGAUCACUCGAAGAAAUCGCUUUACGAUGACGAGCUCAAUCUCUUUGAUAAGAUGGAUUUGUCGGAGCAGAACAAAUUGCCCGUGCGCCGAAGCCAACGCUCCAGUGGGAAGAAGCAGCAAGAGUUUGAGAGCAACGACAGUGCCAACGCUGAUCUAUCUCCAAAUCAGCGGAUGAAAUUAUCGAGUUUCUGGACCGCAUGCCCUUACUGUUUCGUACUAUUCGAGUAUCCUAGGGUUUACGAGGGCUGCUGUUUGCGGUGUCAGAAUUGCAAGAGGGCAUUUCAGGCAGUGUUGCUGCCGUCGCUUCCGCCGCUGGUUCACGGCCAAGAAGCCUACUAUUGCUGCUGGGGAUUCUUUCCGAUGGGGUUUUCGGCUCAAAAUCCCGAGAAAAGUGAGAAGGGCACCGAAACAACGCCGCCAGCAGCGACGUUCCCCAAUUGGAUGCCCCCAAUAUUCUCGACCAAGCCGCAAGAAAAUAGUAGGAAUGGAGAAACGACGCCCCUGGCGGCGGCAACCACGGCGGGUAUAGAGAGAACGGCUGUGAAUGCUCCUCCUGUUGCUAGCACUCGGAUAGCGAGGGGCACUGGCACAAGUAAGAAGAGGGGCAGGCCAAAGAAACCUUCGAUUGCAGCCUAAGUUGUAAAUUUUGUCAGGAAUAAUGAUAACAUUUAUGGAGCCGAUUGGAAAUCUCUGAUUCAUGUUGUUGUAGUCUUGAUAUAUUAAGCGAUUAUGUCCAGGUGGGCGAGUUAGAACAAAGAAGGCUGAAGCUGGGGAAACCUGAGGUAACCUUUCGUUUGUAAUGUGGGCCUUCUUUUUUUUUUUUUUUUUUUAUGUUGAUUUUAGGCUUCAGAUGUAGAAAAUUAGAUGGGUAGUUCCUGAUUUUCUUCUACAUGUUGAUAUGUAAUAUGUAACUUUAUUCAAACCAGCAAUGAUAAUUUGGAGUUUUUAUCCGACCCCA